AUGAACACGAUCAGAUCAACCUGGGUAGGCUGGGGUGUUCUCUGUGUUGCCGGCGGCGGUGCAUACUACUACGCCAAAAAAUCCAUCAACGCCGACCGUUCCGCCCGGUAUGAAAGCGAGAUCAAGCGCAAGGCGCAACUAGCGGCCCAGGAGGCGGAGUUUCGACGCAAAUCAGCCCAGAUACCGAAACCCACAGACGAUCCGAGCCUGAAACGGGCGAAUCUGGCACAGCAGGCCCCGAGGGAUGAUACAGCAUCGCCUAGUACGGAGGCAGCGCGCGAUCCUGCACCGACCCGGCAUGAUCCCCUCACGGAAACGGAGCGGGUGUCGGAGAAGGGGAAGUAUGAAGCUGCGGAGCCGUUUCGGCCUCCCAAGGGGAACCGGUUUAGCUAG